AUGGCCAUCAACUCGUCGCUUUCAGCCUUGUCGAGCUGGCUUCGUCCGGAGCAACCGGCUUACAGACCACUUGAGCCCCUGUCUGCGGCUUUUGGUGGCAUCAAGAAGCCCGUGGCCGAGCUUGUCAUUACUUUUGUCGAUGAGAAGCCCAAGCCCAAGAAGGCCGCCUACGUGCCCAGCCAUGCUGCGUCGUCCUUCCUCAAGACAGCGACGAGCCGGCCGAUGCGCCAGGCCAACGGGAUUUUCUGA